GACUGCACAAACUUCUGUUUAUACAGCUCUCCUGCACAUGCAAUCGCACCCCUGCAUGGCGAGACCUUCUCCCCCUGUAGGCGGCGACUACCUGAUCGCAGGGAUGCAAAAAAUGCACCCUAGCGAUUAGGUCUGAAUUAGGCCCUAUGUCUCUACUUUUAACACAUCUAGAACACCAGGAUGUCCUCACUCUCAGCACCUCUAGGACAUUGGGUCAGCAUGCCCCUACUCUCACAACCUCUAGGACACCAUAUGAGGAUACCCCCACUCUCACCACCUAUAGGACACCAGACAAGCAUGUCCCCACUCUCAGCACCUCUAUGACAACAGACGAGCAUGUCCCCACUCUUAGCACCUCUAGGACACCAGACGAGCAUGUCCCCACUCUCAGCACCUCUAGGACAACAGACGAGCAUGUCCCCACUCUUAGCACCUCUAGGACAACAGACGAGCAUGUCCCCACUCUCAGCACCUCUAGGACAACAAACGAGCAUGUCCCCACUAUCAGCACCUCUAGGACAACAGACGAGCAUGUCCUCACUCUCAGCACCUCUAGGUCACCAGAUGAGCAUGUCGUUACUCCUACCACCUCUAGGACACCAGACGAGCAUGCCCCUACUUUCACCACCUCUAGGACACCAGACAAGCAUGCCCCUACUUUCACCACCUCUAGGACACCAGAUGAGCAUGCCCCUACUCUCACCACCUCUUGGACAACGGGUCAGCUUGCCCCCACUCUCACCACCUAUAGGACUCCGGGUCAGCUUGCCCCCACUCUCACCACCUAUAGGACUCCGGGUCAGCUUGCCCCCAGUCUCACAACCUCUAGGACACCGGGUCAGCUUGCCCCCAGUCUCACAACCUCUAGGAUACCGGGUCAGCUUGCCCCCACUCUCAGCACCUCUAGGACACCGUGUCAGCAUGCCCCUACUCUCACCACCUCUUGGACACCGGGUCAGCUUGCCCCCACUCUCACCACCUCUAGGACACCAGACAAGCAUUCCCCUACUCUCACCACCUCUAGGACACCGUGUCAGCAUGCCCCUACUCUCACCACCUCUUGGACAACGGGUCAGCUUGCCACUACUCUCAGAACCUCUAGGACACCAGACAAGCAUUCCCCCACUCUCACCACCUCUAGGACACCAGACAAGCAUUCCCCCACUCUCACCACCUCUAGGACACCAGACAAGCAUUCCCCCACUCUCACCACCUCUAGGACACCAGACAAGCAUUCCCCCACUCUCACCACCUCUAGGACACCAGACAAGCAUUCCCCCACUCUCAGCGCCUCUAGGACAUCAGACAAGCAAUCCCCCACUCUCAGCACUUCUUGGACAACGGGUCAGCUUGCCACUACUCUCAGAACCUCUAGGACACCAGGCAGAAAGUAGAGUGACUCUACCUGAGAGCAGGUAAGAGGACCCACCUGUAGCUGCGGCACUGAAUACGGUGAUGAGUAGGAGGAUGAGGAAUGACAUGGUGACUGCGGAGUCCGGCUGUCUGUGGCUGCCUUCAGCAGAUGGGGGCAGAGGUUCUGUUUAUCAUCUGGUUAAUGUGAGAGAACAGGACAACAUUCAUAUUUACUCAGGACAGAGACAAAUCAGAAUACAGAUCACAGUUAACACGCCUACACACAUCACAUGUAACACCCCUAUACACAUCACACGUAACACCUCUACACAGAGCACACGUAACACCCCUACACAGAUCACACGUAACACCCCUACACAGAGCACACGUAACACCUCUACACAGAUCACACGUAACACCCCUACACAGAGCACACGUAACAACUCUACACAGAUCACACGUAACACCCCUACACAGAGCACACGUAACAACUCUACACAGAUCACACGUAACACCCCUACACAGAGCACACGUAACAACUCUACACACAUCACAUGCAACACCCCUACACAGAGCACACGUAACAACUCUACACACAUCACAUGUAACACCUCUACACAGAUCACACGUAACACCCCUACACACAUCACAUGUAACACCCCUAUACACAUCACACGUAACACCUCUACACAGAGCACAUGUAACACCCCUACACACAUCACACGUAACACCCCUACACACAUCACAUGUAACACCCCUACACACAUCACAUGUAACACCCUGCAAGGAUUUGCCCUUAUAUUCUUAACCCUCGAUGUGAUGGCCUCUUAGACGUCUGGAGUGUAAACUUUUAGCCACAAGUUCUUGAGAUAUUGGACAUAAUCGUCGGGUCCCUUACUAUCAGAGGAGGUGACAGGACUGGUGGUUAUAUCAUAGUACAUCAGGGCCUUAUCAAUGCCUUUGGAGGUAAGUUUCUUUCCACAGGGAAUUACACAAUAAACUAUAAUGCCUACAAGAAUUAAAGUUACAAGUAUGAAUAUGCUUAUUUGCACAAGAGCCUGUUUCCAAUUUUCAAACCACCCAAAAUAUUGGCUCCAUGGGUUAUCAAUACCUGAAUUUUUCUUAAGUUCUAUGGAUAAGGUUUCUAACUUGUUUAUGGCUAAAGUAACCUUACCAUUGGGACCAGUGUUGUCAGGAAUGUAUGUACAACAGCCUUCCACCUUACUAAUGUAAACACAUGUACCGCCUUUUUCUGCUAGGAUCAUGUCAAGGGCCAUUCUAUUUUGGAAUGUCAUUUGGGAAGUGACUUCUAGCUGUUCAGCUAUACCUUUAAGAGCAUCUUUGGUAUCAUUAACAAAUCUUUGUUGAUUAUAAUAUAUAUAAUUAAUCCAGGCUACGUUUUUAUUUACAGUUACUAUAGGAAACAAUGACUCAAAACCCGCAGCCACCUCAUCUCUAGCUUUGAACUCAUUUGGAACACCUCUUGGGACCCCUAUAGCAUCAAUGUAUACGUGGGGGUCAAAGCUACCUCCUGGGAGUGCUCUUUUCUUUCGAUUAGCAGGAGUAUUAGAGGGAGGAGUGGGGUCAUCGGUGA